AUGGAGUUUAUAAUUAAGGAAAAAGCAAGAAACACUACCUUUGAAAAGAGAAAGAAAGGUUUGAUUAAGAAAGGUUAUGAAUUGUCAAUCUUAUGCAAUGUCCCAGUUUGUAUUAUUAUCUACCCUUAUGAACAAGGGAAACAAUCUUUGGAAGCUCAAGUUUAUGCCUUCAAAGGGGAGUUUUCGACGUCGAAAAACCAUGAUCAUCCCAAGAUUGCUAGAGAGAUAAUUGAUAGGUAUUUAAGGGUACCUAAAGGGGACAGAUAUAAAGGAGCUCUAAAUUUGUAUGACAUGUUUGAUGAAUGGAAAAGAAGGGCAGAUCAAGACUUGUGUAAAUUAAGGCAUAAAAAUGCAUUAGCUACAUACCCAUCUUGGGAUUCUAAGUUUGAUGGGUUUAAUCUUGAUCAAUUGAUGGAAUUACUUGCUCAUUUGGAUCAAAAGAUUCAGUUUGCGAGUCAAAGAAUUGAUAUGAUUAAGGCUACUAAUCAUAAUCAUAAUCAAAAUGGAGGUUUAGUUCGCUAUUUUGAGCCAGCACCCAUCUCUAAUCUCAUGAUUUCUAAUGAAAAUAAUGUUGAUUACACUAAUGUGGAAGUGUUGAAUCAAUUUCCCAUGUUUAAUUAUCCCAUUAACAACAAUAAUAAUCAUCAUUAUCAUCAAGAAUACUGCCAUCAAGUGGUGCCUUUCAAUCCGACUACAUUGCCCGAACAAGUUGGAGGUUCUAGAAUGGAUGAUCAUGGUGGUAGUACUAGUAGUAACAACAUGAUGAUGUACAACAUGAAUAUGAUGGGUGAAGUGGGUCCUAUGUAUUAUGAUCAAGGGUCAGGAUUCGUCGAGAACGUUGAAGGAUCAUCAUCAUAUGGUGCUGGUUUAUCAAUGCCUAUGCCCUUGCAGUUGCCAAUGCUGCCUAAUGUUUCUCUACCAAGGCAAAUGCAGUACCACCAGAUGUUCUAUAAGUAG